GCCGCCGCGGCGGCAGGGGAGGUGGGGCGAGGCGAGGUUUGCUGAGGCGAGGCGGCUGCCGGGCCGGGCCGGGCCACAGGCGGUGGCGGCGGGACCAUGGAGGCGGCGGCCGCUGCUCCGCGUCCCCGGCUGCUCCUCCUCGUGCUGGCGGUGGCGGCAACGGUGGUCCCGGAGGUGACGGGACGUGGGCCUCUCACCGUUGUGGCCUCUCCCGUUGCAAAGCACAGGCUCCGGACACGCAGGCUCAGCGGCCCUGGCUCAUGGGUCCAGCCGCUCCGCGGCAUGUGGGAUCUUCCUGGACUGGGGCACGAACCCGUGUCCCCUGCAUCAGCAGCAUUACAGUGUUUCUGCCACCUUUGUACAAAAGACAAUUUUACUUGUGUCACAGAUGGGCUCUGCUUUGUCUCUGUCACAGAGACCACAGACAAAGUUAUACAUAAUAGCAUGUGUAUAGCUGAAAUCGACCUAAUUCCACGAGACAGGCCAUUUGUAUGUGCACCAUCUUCAAAAACUGGGUCUGUUACGACAACAUAUUGCUGCAAUCAGGACCAUUGCAAUAAAAUAGAACUCCCAACUGUUGGCCCUUUUCCAGGAAAGCCAUCAUCUGGCCUUGGUCCUGUCGAACUGGCAGCUGUCAUUGCUGGACCAGUAUGCUUCGUCUGCAUCUCACUCAUGUUGAUGGUCUAUAUCUGCCAUAACCGCACUGUCAUUCACCAUCGAGUGCCAAAUGAAGAGGAUCCUUCAUUAGAUCGUCCCUUUAUUUCAGAGGGCACUACGUUAAAAGAUUUAAUUUAUGAUAUGACAACAUCGGGUUCUGGAUCAGGUUUACCAUUGCUUGUUCAGAGGACAAUUGCGAGAACUAUUGUGUUACAAGAAAGUAUUGGCAAAGGUCGUUUUGGAGAAGUUUGGCGAGGAAAAUGGAGAGGAGAAGAAGUUGCUGUUAAAAUAUUCUCCUCUAGAGAAGAACGUUCAUGGUUCCGUGAGGCAGAGAUUUAUCAGACCGUCAUGUUACGUCAUGAAAACAUCUUGGGAUUUAUAGCAGCAGACAAUAAAGACAAUGGUACAUGGACUCAGCUCUGGUUGGUGUCAGAUUAUCAUGAGCAUGGAUCCCUUUUUGAUUACUUGAACAGAUACACAGUUACUGUGGAAGGAAUGAUAAAACUCGCUCUGUCCACAGCAAGUGGACUUGCCCAUCUUCACAUGGAGAUAGUUGGUACCCAAGGAAAACCAGCCAUUGCUCAUAGGGAUUUGAAAUCAAAGAAUAUCUUGGUAAAGAAGAAUGGAACUUGCUGUAUUGCAGACUUGGGACUGGCAGUAAGACAUGAUUCAGCCACAGAUACAAUUGAUAUUGCUCCAAACCACAGAGUGGGAACAAAAAGGUACAUGGCCCCUGAAGUUCUAGAUGAUUCCAUAAAUAUGAAACACUUUGAAUCCUUCAAACGUGCUGACAUCUAUGCAAUGGGACUAGUAUUCUGGGAAAUAGCUCGACGAUGUUCCAUUGGUGGAAUUCAUGAAGAUUACCAGCUGCCUUAUUAUGAUCUUGUACCUUCUGAUCCAUCAGUUGAAGAAAUGAGAAAAGUUGUUUGUGAACAGAAGUUAAGGCCAAAUAUUCCAAACAGAUGGCAGAGCUGUGAAGCCUUGAGAGUGAUGGCUAAAAUUAUGAGAGAAUGUUGGUAUGCCAAUGGAGCAGCUAGGCUUACAGCUCUGCGGAUUAAGAAAACAUUAUCACAGCUCAGUCAGCAGGAAGGCAUCAAAAUGUAAAUUCUGCGGCUUUGCCUGAACUCUACUUUUUCUUCAGAUCUGCUCCUGGGUUUUAAUUUGGGAGGUCAGUUGUUCUACCUCACUGAGAGGGAACAGAAGGAUAUUGCUUCCUUUUGCAACAAUGUAAUAAGGUCAAUUAAAAACGUCCCAGGAUUUCUUUGGACCCAGGAAACAGCCAUGUGGGGUCCUUUCUGUGCACUAUGAACGAUUCUUUCCCAGGACAGUUAACAAAAUGUUGUGUGGUCUACCUUUAUUUUUUAUUAACACAAAACGUUUUUUUAAAUGAUUGCUGGUCUUAACUUUAGGUAACUCUGCUGUGCUGAAGAUCAUCUUUAAGGGUAAAGGAGCUGAAUUGCUGAGUUAUAUGAAACAUUUCUUAUUUUUAAAGAAAGUGAUUUACUCCUGGUUAGUACAUUCUCAGAGGAUUCUGAACCACUAAAGAGUUUCCUUGAUGCAGACUUUGAAUGUACUGUUCUAUAAUUUUCAGGAUCUUAAAACUAACACUUAUAAAACUCUUAUCUUGAGUCUAAAAAUGACCUCAUAUAGUAGUGAGGAACAUAAUUUAUGCAAUUGUAUUUUGUAUAUUAUUAUUGUUCUUUCACAUAUUCAGAACACUACAUGCCUUCAAAAUGGGAUUGUACUAUACCAGUAAGUGCCACCUCUGUGUCUUUCUAAUGGAAAUGAGUAGAACUGCUUAAAGUCUGUCUCUGUGUGUUAAAACAUGUAGUGUUUUAAUUCAAAAGUUUAUUUACCUGGAUAACCCAGACUUUUUCUGUUUUGUUUUUUGGAAUAGUUUUUCUGGUAUGUCAUUUGGUAUUCCAUUUUGAAAAUGCCUUUUUCCUACCAAAAUGUGCUUAAACCACUAAAGAAAUGAAGUGGCAUUAAUUGGUAAAUUGUUAUCAUGGUCAUGUUUGAAUAUUCUCACAUCAAGCUUUUGCAUUUUAAUUGUGUUGUCUAAGUAUACUUUAAAAAAAUCAAGUGGCACUCUAGAUGCUUAUAGUACUUUAAUAAUUUAAAAUCUGUAGCAUACAGACUAAUUUUCUAAAAGGGAAAGUUUGUCUAGCUGCUUGUGAAAAGUUGUGUGGCAUUCUGUAAGCCAUUUUUUUGUUUAUCUGAUCAAAGACAGUGUUAUUUUUUUAAGAAAUGAACUACAUUUAAAAUUAGAGUAUGGUUAAUGUUAAAUAAUAGGCCUUUUUCUUGGAAGGGAAAGGUAGUUAAUAAUUUGAAUAGAUAACAGUGUGUGAGAGAGUCACAUUUGUUGUGUAGGAGUCAGCGUUCUGUGGGUUUUCUGUCUUUGUACCUAAGGUUAGAGUUAGUGUGGUUUUGAGGUCUCACUACACUUUGAGGAAGGCAGCUUUUAAUUCAGUCUUUCCUUCUCUGUGCAGAUACUGCAAAUGCCUAAUUCACAUGGUUAUGGAAUGAAUUCGGUGCACCCUUGAUAUUUGGGAAAGUGGUAGCUAAGGAAUACUCUGAGGAGAGGUUCUCCAUUUACAGAUGUUUUCGGUCAAAUUAAAUGUUUAAAGCAAAGUUGUCAUGGUCUUCUCACAUUAAGUUGAAACUAGCUUAUAAUAACUGGUUUUUCUUCCAGUGCUAGAAAGUCUGCAAGAUUUUUACAGUUUUCAAAGUCCUCUUUAUCACUGUGAUCUUAAUCUGGGGGUGGGGGUGGGGAACCUAUCAUAGGUGUGAGGCAAGACGUUCACCUUAUAGUGCUAUCAAUUUCCUGAUGAAAGGGUCAGAAUAACCUGUACAGUAUUUUGGUAAGAGAUAGUGGCCAUUUAUGCUGACUGAGCUGCAUUCUGUUAAUGUCUUAUCUCUUAUACAUAGAACAAAUCUGAAAGACUAUUUGGUCUUAAAGCCAAAGUAAUUUCAGAAUGAAUGACAUAUUACAUAGGAAUUUAGUGUCAAUUUUAUGUGUUUAAAAACGUCAUGAGGAAAAUAUGUUUAGAGGUUAAUAUUUUGAGUCCAAAUUUGAGGGUUUUUUGUAGUUACCAUGAUUUCAUCAAAGCAAAUGAGUGAGUUUGAGAGGUUUGUUUUUUAUAAUUGUGUUAUAUUUCCUGUUGAAUAAUCUCUAGCUCUAUGAUCAGGUACUUAAAAAAUUUUUUUUGGCCAUUUUCAAGCCUACCAGAUCUGCUUUAUGAAAUCCAGGGGACCAAUGCAUGUUAAUCACUAAAGCUAUUUUUAUAUAAUUUUAAGAACAUACCAAAAGUUCUCUGAUUUAAAGUUGUGAUACAUGAUUUCUCACUUUCAUAUAAGGUAAUCAACUUUUGCUGAAGAUAUUCUUUAUUAAGUCAAAAAAUAAGUUACAAUUUUACUGUUCUUGCCUAAAUGGAUAAAAUGUACUUUUGAUGAAUCAGGGAAUUUUUUAAAAGUUGGAAUUUAGUUCUAAAUUGGGUUUACAUGCUACUCUAGCUAAUUCCAUUUUUUUCGCUAAUGAUGGUUUGAUAACCCCAAUUGGCUAGUAUUGAAAACGAAAGUAACUUAAAAGAUUUAUAGAUCAUGAUUACUGUGGCUAUAACUGCAGAAAAAUUUGAGAAUUUUAUUAUUUAAAAACACAAACCUUUGUUUAUACUGCCAAUCUUCAGAUGCGCACUUUCCAAGUUUCAACUUGGCUAAAAUAUACCUUAAGGCAAAUCAUCUGUCCACGUCCACUUUGUUAGUAUCCCCAGAGGAAUGGGGAUGGGGGUCAGGUAUGACCUAGUGGGGUGCAGACAUUCCUGGUCCUUUCUUCAUAUCUCAGCUCUCUCUCUCCCAAACUGCCCUCCUGCUGGUCCCUGACUCAGAGUGGGAUGGCAGCAAGGUGGUAGCUGUGGCAGUGAAGCAGUAGCCAGUUGCAUCUUCCAUGGGACACAGGGUAAGGUCCAGAGAGCUGAGCCUCUCGUUAUGCUGUAAUGACAGUGCUCAGGAGGUGCCUGGAGUCAGGGUACAGUGCCAUGGUCAUCAAGAAUUCCAAAUUUCAGUUUUUAAAAAACUUCACUGGUCACUCGGCCAUUUUGCAGCUCAUGCAUGAGUUACCUUUUUUCCCCCUCUACAUUAAAGAACUGUCACAUACAGAAUAUUUUGUAAAACAAGAUGGCAAAGUGCUAAUUAAAAUGCACAACAAAAUUAGUAUUCCAUUAGACAUGUCAUAUCAAGAGUUUAUUUUUACCCCUGCACUGAAAGAGUGGUUGUAAGUAAACUGUUUCUUGACCAUGGCAGUGUUUGGCUCCAGAUGGUGGAGAGUCCAAAUACUGGUUCUGUCACAGCUUGGCAGAAAAUGCCAAUUCAGAUGUUUUUGAGAGUCUAAAGAAUAGCUCAUGACAUGUACCACAGCUUCUUGAGUGUUUUGCAAUGCUGGGAUACCCAGGGGCCCUCUCUCUAGAAAUGCUGGACUUCUAGGACAUUCUGAGGAUUGUCAGUACAUUUAAACUUUUCAACCCUAUUAUGCAGUCUUAUUUGUAAUUGUAAACUUUAAAAAAAUGUGGUUAAUAACAUUCAACCAGUUUCUUAAAGCUUAAAAAGAACUUCAGUGAAUGUUUUUAUUUUUAAAUGAAUUUUGUGAAUUGAAUAUCAUGAACCAUGUUUUGAUAUCCCUUUUUCACAUUGUGCCAAUGGAAUGGGGUGUUUGGUAUUUCUUUAUAUGUCAAGGAGAUGCUUCAAAAUGUCAAUUGCUUUAAACUUAAAUUACCUCUUGAGAGACCAAGGUACAUUUACCUCAUUGUAUAUAUGAUGUUUAAUAUUUGUCAGAGCAUUCUCCAGGUUUGCAGUUUUAUUUCUAUAAAGUAUGAGUAUUAUGUUGCUAAAUUACUCAAAUGGUACUGUAUUGUUUAUAUUUGUACCCCAAAUAACAUCUAUACUUUGAUUUCUAUAUUUUAUUGUAUUUGUGCAAAAUCCUUUUGGCUUUAUCACUGUAAUCUCUGGCCUAUAAGAUGUGUACAGAAAAUGUCCAUAUAAAUUUUCAUUUAAGCUGGAUGAUUUUGAGAAUCCUCUAAAGAGGAGAGAAAAACGAAAACUGCAGUUCCCCAUAAGUUUUUUUAAACUGUAUAUUGUAUUUGUAGUAAUAUUCUGAAUGAACUGUAAAUAGGAAGUAGAAGAAUAAUGCUUAUGUCAAGUCCUAACACUACAGUAGAAAAAUGGAAGCAAUGCAAAUAAAUUACUUUUUUUCCCAA